AUGCUCCGGCGCCGAUUCUCCCGCGAGUCCAAGACCUCCAAAGCUUCAAGUGACCACCGCGAGCAGAGCAAAUUUACAUUCCCUUUUUCCCGCAAGUCCUCCCGAUCCGCCGCGAAACCGGCAACGGAGCUCGCCGUAUUAGACAACUAUGGAAGCAGCCUGAUGAGCGAGAGCCGAUAUGAUAGCGACGCACAGUGUAUCACCACACCAAAACGCGAUCUAGUGAACUCUCCUGCGCAUCGCGGCCGUCGUCGAAUGGAAUUAAGUGAUCUGAUAGAACGCAGUCACGAACGAACCGAGUCUGAGCGCUGGGCGAUGGGACAUGGCGAAAACAUUCCAGAACCCCCCGAAUCUGCCUUUGGGAUGAGAUAUAUACACACGCCACCCAGCAGCCUAAGAAGCGCUCGCAGUCCCUAUCACAAAGCUUAUGAGUCACCAGAUUCUCAUAGGUCGAAUUCGCCCUCACAUGGAGGGGUCAUUGUCCAAGGGGCCAUACAAACCGGUCAUGGCAUCAAGAUGAAUCAAGUGAAUCAAGCAAGGUCGCUUCCAGACUUGAAUGCGAUCAAUCAAAUGCCCAAAACAUCGGCAACUAAGCAUCUCCCCACUAUUCGGGUCCCAGAUGCCCUUCAGGAUCAAAGUCUUGCGGUAGACUGGGCCCAGUUCGUAGGACCGAACCGCCAAAAGUAUGGCAUCUCUUCAGGCUCUUUACCGAACCAGCCAAAUGACAUUAUGGUUACGAAAAGACGACAACUCAUCGCUUCCGGUACUCCUGGCACAGACCCUCGACCAAUUCAUUUGGGCGAAAUAGGUAUUCCACACCGGCUUGCCUCUCCAUCUGCAUCCUCUGGGACAGGCUCAUGCAAUCCGUCUAUCGCCGAAUUGAUUCGCCUCAGCAAGUACGGCGCAUUUUUGAAUGCUUCGCAAGAGAACAUUCCAACCAGUCAGAGAUCGGCGUCUGCACAUUCUGUGCCCGAGUUGCAAACCCAUUCGAACCGCCGAGAUGUAUCGUCAUACUAUUCUCACCAGGCCAGCCCUAUAUCAACAUGUUCAUCCCCCUGUCUUGGGUCGUCUCAUUUCGGAGCCUCCUCCCCUGGAAUUGAAACUCCCCCGGAUAUCAAACAGAAAUUAUUCAACGAAGGCUUUGCUAUUGAAACAGGUCCUUCUCCAACAAAUGAAGGCCUAAGCAGCAAAUUUCGUGAGCAUUGUGAAAACGAGCUCUCGAAAACCCCGCCUGCUCAAAUGGAAUCAAAUUAUAACAACGAGGCUGGCUCGUCCCGCAAAGUCAGCAUCGGAUGGAUGUCUGGAGGCCGACGAGUUGGAUACGGUUAUAGUCCGGUGCCUAAUGAUGAGGAACAAUCCAAGUUGGAAGAUGGCCAUUAUUAUACUCAGCAAGGAUCAGAUCGACCCGAAAUUUCAGUUGCGGGCUCAGGGUUGGGAAAUGGCCAAGUUGUCCAAUUUUCAGGAGAACGACGGGACUCUGGGUAUGCAGCCGGGACCAGUACACCAAACCCAGAACCCAUCCGAGUCAUCAAUCGUCAGACUGGCCAGGAGGCUGCUCCCACCACUCUUCCUAAGGCCAGAAGCUCUAUCCGAAACGUUGACAAGUAUCCGGAGCCACCGUACUUACGAGCCAUUCUAUCAGGUCGCUACAGCCAGGGGCAGGACCCCCAGUCUCCGAGAGGUAGCAAACAGAGCUCGGGGAGCCUGCGUGCAUCCGAGGUGCCUCCAAUGACUCAAAUGGAGCACUGUCAAGUCCCGCAGAGCUCCCACUAUAAUAGCCAAUCUGCGGACAAUGCAGUCAACCGAUGGGCCAGGCUAAGCCAGUCCCUGAACGCCCACCCUCGGGGUCGCAAAGAACAAAAUAACGGACGGCGAUCCGUAAUUACAAAUGUUGUCCACCCGGCAGCAGUACAAGAUGUUCCAAUCUCAGGUGACAGUGCAGCGGACAUUGAGCCAGAGUUCUUUCGCACUGGACGGGAACCCAAUCCUGACGAUCUUGCCCACCUGCUGCGUCCCAGCAACUCUCGGGGUGCCAAAUGGGUUCGCCGAUUCUCCAAGCGUAGAGACAGUCGGCGAGUCUCAAAUCUACAUAAGCAGGAUGUGUCUCAGGCUUCCUCGGGCCCGUACCAGGACUGUGAUGCCGACAGCCUUGGCCGAGCCAACUCCACCAAGAGUACCGUUGCGGAGGACUUAGCAAGCAUGUAUCGAGAGUGUCUUCAGAUGCCAGGAUCAUUUGAAGGCAGUCGCUGGGCAAGUCGGACAAGUAGGGUGUUAUGGGACCUGGUUACUACUGAUGACCAGUGA